UUGGCCCGGGACCCGGCCGCCCGCGAAGCCGGGGUGAGCGGGGCCUGGCUCGGGCCGCCGGUGACGACGCGCAGCCCCCAGGCGGCCGUUUUCUCGCGGGGUUGGGUUCCCGCAGUGCCGGGCGCCCACCCGGCCACCCAGUCAGCCACGCGUGGCUCGUCGCGGAUAGUGACUCGGAGACAGCCAUCAUGUUCCUUCGGCAACCAGGGAAGUAAUUCAUCUGAUUCUGAGGACUUCAGUGAACUGAUCUGAGAUAGGAAGUGAAAUCAGAUGGAUGUUGGUGAGUACCCCCACAGCAACAGUUGCUUCAUUUCAUUGGUUCAGAGAGAACUAUAAUCUGGAAGCCUCCCUUAGCUCAUUCCUGCUUCUGGGAUCCAGCUCUAUGUUGUGGUUAAGAAAUGUGUCACAUCAGGCAGAGUGAAUCACAAGACAGAGAUAUUUGCAUAUUACAUACAUAUUUCAUUAGAUUUCAAGAAUGAAGAGGAACAGUUUAUCUGUUGAGAAUAAAAUUGUCCAGUCAUCAUCAGCAGCAAAACAGCCAAAACUUGGGUUCUACUCUUCUCUCAACCAGAGUCGUAUGCACACAGUUCUUCUAGAUUGGGGACGUUUGCCUCACCACGUAGUAUUACGAAUUUUUCAGUAUCUUCCUCUACUAGAUCGGGCCCGUGCAUCAUCUGUAUGUAGGAGAUGGAAUGAAGUUUUUCAUAUUCCUGACCUUUGGAGAAAGUUUGAAUUUGAACUGAACCAGUCAGCUACUUCAUAUUUUAAGUCCACUCAUCCUGAUCUCAUUCAGCAGAUCAUUAAAAAGCAUUCUGCUCAUCUUCAAUAUGUCAGCUUUAAGGUUGACAGCAGCACCGAGUCAGCAGAAGCUGCCUGUGAUAUACUCUCUCAACUGGUAAAUUGUUCCAUCCAGACCUUGGGCUUGAUUUCAACAGCCAAGCCAAGUUUCAUGAAUGUGUCAGAGUCUCAUUUUGUGUCAGCACUUACAGUAGUUUUUAUCAACUCAAAAUCUUUAUCAUCAAUCAAAAUUGAAGACACACCAGUGGAUGAUCCUUCAUUGAAGAUUCUUGUGGCCAAUAAUAGUGACACUCUAAGACUCCUAAAAAUGAGUAGCUGUCCUCAUGUUUCAUCUGAUGGAAUUCUUUGUAUAGCUGAUCAUUGUCAAGGCCUUAGAGAACUGGCAUUGAAUUAUUACAUCCUAACUGAUGAACUUCUCCUUGCACUCUCAAGCGAGACUCAUGUUAACCUUGAACAUCUUCGAAUUGAUGUUGUGAGUGAAAAUCCUGGACAGAUUGUAUUUCAUGCUAUUAAAAAACACAGUUGGGAUGCACUUAUUAGGCAUUCCCCUAGAGUUAAUGUUGUCAUGUACUUCUUUCUAUAUGAAGAGGAAUUUGAGAUGUUCUUCAAAGAAGAAACCCCUGUUACUCACCUUUAUUUUGGUUGUUCAGUCAGCAAAGCAGUUCUAGGACGGAUAGGUCUCAACUGUCCUCGACUGUUUGAGUUAGUGGUGUGUGCUAAUGGUCUUCAGCCUCUUGAUAAGGAACUUAUUUGUAUUGGUGAACACUGUACAAACUUAACAGCCUUGGGCCUCAGUGAAUGUGAAGUUAGCUGCAGUGCCUUCAUCAAGUUUGUAAGACUGUGUGGGAGAAGGCUAACACAUCUCUCUAUAAUGGAGGAAGUUUUGAUCCCUGAUGAGGAUUAUAGUCUAGAUGAAAUUCACACUGAAGUCUCCAAAUACCUGGGAAGAGUAUGGUUCCCUGAUGUGAUGCCUCUAUGGUAAUUGGCUACCAAAGAUUCUGAAGUUGUUGUUGGUGUUGUUUUUUAAAUCAGUAUGAUUAGCCGCUUUCUAUCUAAGCAAAUGUAAAUUAUAAGUUGUGUUGCUACAGUAUUUUAGGGCAAAUAUUUUAUUGUUUGCAAACUGUCUUAAUGAAUUGCUGCAGAAACAUUUUUAAAAAAUAAGAAAUUUGAAAAAAAGCAAGAAACUGCUAUAAACAGGGCACAAGCACUGUAUGUGGAUUAGAUGGUUGAGAUGCUAAAAGCUACAGACAAUUUCUAAGUAGAUUUCUCAGCUUUCCUUGAAGGCAUAUUUUGGCUUGCUAAGUAAAUGUGUAAUAUUGAACUUGGAUUCCUUAAGUUAUAUCAUUUACUUUAUUACAUUGUUUUAUUUGAUUCUGUUUUAUCUUGGUAUAAAAUACAUAGUACUAAAAACUAAAUGUAAAAAUCAAGAUUAUAGACACGGAAGCUUACUUAAUUAUAACAUUUCUAGCACUAUAUGAGAUCAUCUUAUGGUUCAAUAAAUAACUUAUAAUUUCCAUGGUACUUUAGAUUCUACUUUAUUAUAUUGAGAGAUAAUGGACAUUCCAUUAAAACUCAAAGUCAUGAUAGUGAAUAAGUCUCAUGAAAUCUGAUGGUUUUAAAAAAGCGAGUUUCCCUGCACAAGCUCUCUCUUCUCUUGUCUGCUGCCAUGUGAAAUGUGUCUUUCACCUUCUGCCAUGAUUGCGAGCCCUCCCCAGCAAUGUAGGACUGUGAGUCCAUUAAACCUCUUUCUUUUGUAAAUUGCCCACUCUCAGGUAUGUCUUUAUCAGCAGCAUGAAAGUGGACUAAUACAACUUGUUAUCAGAUAAUAACCAUUCUAACAAGUGAUAUCUCAUUGUGAUUUUGGUCUGCAUUUUCCUGAUGAUUAGUGAUAUUGAGCAAGCACCCUUUCAGAUACCCAUUGGCUGUUUGUAUGUCUUCUCUGGAAAAAUGUCUAUUUGUAUAGACAGCAGGCACUACAUUUACCAUCAGAAAUCUUCACUUUGUAUCUUUCUUUAAAGUUUUUAUCUUUUAUUAAAAUUGCCUGUAUUUAA